AUGAAUCACCGUUUUUACAGUCACGGACGGGACAAUAAGAGCCAUAUCAAGUGGAUCUUGAAGUUAGUCGAAGAGGUCAAAGUUUUAGAGGACAAGAUAAACUCGUUGCAAGAAGGCCCCGAGACAGAAGAACCACAAGUCCGCCUUCAUUAUCAGUCUCUUCUAUCGCAUGAAGUCCCAUUUUCCGCAUUGAACCAUUUGCCAGAAGACUCCCAUGUGAGAAUUCUAAAAAAGGCCCUCCACGGAGUCACAGAAGCCCUUCUGAAUCGACUAUAUAAGAUGGCCCCAUCACUCAACGAUUCCGGUCCGAUGGUCGAGGACCUUACCGAGCAUACUGCCAGAGAGCCCAACGAGGGCGAUUACGUUAUGCGAUACGUACUUCGCGAGUUCCUAUUAUGGCAAGGCGACAGAGAAGUCCUCCUAAAGGCGAAAAAAAUGGAAACAAUCGACUUUUUCCUACGAAGCGUGCCUUGGGUUCUUCAGAACCUCGUGAAGUUUUUCGAGUUACUCGGUAGACCGGACACGUUACAUUUCCUCCGCGACGCUGUUUUAGAUUUUGCUGUUUCCCUUGACGCACCUGAUCCGUCCUCUGUUAGUAUUCUGGGCGGCCCGAUUGUCAUUGACAAACUGCGGAAGAUGACCGUCCGAGAAUGGGAUAUUGUAUACUCCCAUUUCUCAAACGUAGUCGAUUGGGCAACUAUUGGAUGUCUCUGUGUUGAUUUCGAAGAAGUUGUCUGUAUCAAGCGACUUAUCGCGCUGGGAAGGUACACCGAUGGCGAUGGUGACUCUGGGUGGUCCCACGAAGGGCUCCUCUCUAACGGAAACCCAUUGGCUCUAUUUCAUGGAUUUGUGGCCGACACCAAAGGUUUCGCAGAUCCUCCUAUCCCAACGAGUGUUGUGGAGAGCGGUGUAGAGACCCAGAAACAAUCUCGCUGCUACCUUGGUGGGAGAAUGGCAAAGAAAGAUCCUUUAGCUCCUCUCUUGAUACAAGAGCUCGUCAACCGUUCGGCCCGCUUUAUUGUUUUCGUGCUGGACAAAGAAAAGGCCGGCGACUUUGCCGCGCAGAUCAUAUCUUGCAACGAAGACCAAGAUAAAGUGCCUUGGAUUACGCGCAAAAGGUCAGCCAUUGUUGGCGAGUGCUUGGACGACACGCCAUGGACAAUAGAAUGGUCACUUCAAAACAUCAUCUCGGAUCUUGCAACUCUUCGAUUUCUGAAAGAGAGAAAUCUCAACGAAGACUUUUUUCAAUUUUUUGUCAUUGAUCGAUCCUCUGGACGGGACUUCACAAUAUUUGAUGAAGUGACGGAUGCUUUAUCUUUGCUUGCUGGAGACCUUGCUCUAAACGAGGUUGUUGGCGGAUUCAUUCGAAGCUACUUACCAAGUGACCAGCAAGAGCAAUGGCUGAGUGCUCUCAUCAUUGAGGACUCGUUUUCAUGGAGUAUCAACCCCGGAAAUCUCCUAUACGAGGGAAAUCGCACACGGGCUUGGGAUGUCCUCGACAGAGAUCCUAGCUUUCUUUCAAGUGUUCGGAAAAUGAAUACCACUCACCAAGACCGCCGAUUCAUACAUCAAAUGUUAUCUGAGAUGGAAAAUAUUGGCAUUAUAAGUGUAUUGAAAUGUUUUGAGCCCUCAUUUGGUCAUCCUUUGGUACUUGAAGGCACCGACGGACAUGAGGACCUCUACUUCUCAUAUUACCUCAACCCUCUCAGUGAAAACACAGUCUCGAAGUUCGAAGGUGUCGCUCAUCAUCUUUUCACCUCCCUGUGCAACUUCCCUCGAGGGGUUAAAGCAAAGCACCCGAGCGCAGUCUUUGCAAAGGGUCGAAUUCAUGUGCACUAUUGUGCAUGGCCUAUGACUCCAACAACACGAAUUGCCCCAUUUAGAACUCAUGAAGGCCACAUAUACAAAUGGAACUAUGUCCCAUUUGAUUAUCCGUUGGCAUCGCACCUAUGGCAGGCCCAUGUUCAAGCUGUCAUGAACAAGAGAUUCCCAUUUGUGCAUUUCUAUCAAACGACGUUCAUAAUAUCGGCAAGCCACCUGAGUGGUGCAGCUAAGAACAUAAAGAUUUUGACUGAAGCUGCCAAAAAAGAAGGCUGGAAGCUUUCUAUCCCAGAUCCAAGGAAAUGGACAGCUGACGUAGAUGAGCUUGAAGCUCCUAAUCCAUGGAAAGGGAUCUCACCGGUAGCAUUGAAGCCUUCGUCAUAG